CCUUACCCUACAUACUAUUCCCAAAAACUCGCAAACAUGAGCCAGCCCUCAGUCUACUUCGACGUUUCUGCCAAUGGCGACCCCCUCGGCCGCAUUGUUUUCAAGCUUUACAGUGAUGUAGUCCCCAAGACAGCCGAGAACUUCCGCGCUCUUUGCACUGGCGAGAAGGGAUUCGGCUACGCUGGAUCUUCCUUCCACCGUGUCAUUCCCAACUUCAUGCUCCAGGGCGGUGACUUCACCAACCACAACGGAACUGGUGGCAAGUCCAUCUACGGAGAGAAAUUCGCCGAUGAGAACUUCCAAUUGAAGCAUACCAAGCCUGGUCUGCUCUCCAUGGCCAACGCUGGUAAAAACACCAACGGAUCCCAGUUCUUCAUCACCACCGUUGUCACCGAUUGGCUGGAUGGUGCCCACGUUGUCUUCGGCGAAGUUACCGAGGGUAUGGACAUCGUUAAGAAGAUUGAGGGCUUCGGUAGUGGCAGUGGAAAGACCUCGAAGAAGGUCGUCAUCGACAAGUCCGGACAGAUCUAGAAGUCUUGUAUAGGUGAUAAACUAUUGCAAAUCCCUGGUCCCAGAAUUGACAUGACUGCUUGA